AUGAGCGCCACGCUAUCCAGGCGCGUGGUAAGUCUCCCCCUCCCCGACCGACCCAUAUCCCCCACUGCCUCCCAACGAGUCACCCCCCUGCACACCUCAUUAACUCUUACCCCAACCCUCCAUAUCUCCCGCACCUCCCGCACCUCCCGCACAAUCCCCUCUCUGACCCUCCUCCCCCAUCUCUCGCAGCUCUCCAAAGACGACGAAUCCUCCAGCACCGACGCCGAGGUCACGCGCGAAGACCAAGACCGCAUCAACCGCUUCUCGUCGCUGCACAACCGCGUGCGCACCCUCGAGGAGCAACUCGCCGCCAAGAAGAAGGACAAAGAAGACCUCGAGGAGGUGGGCCAGGAGUUGGAAUUGGUGCUGGAUGAGGAUGAAUUGGUGCGGUACAAAGUCGGCGGCACGUUCUACUCGAUCCCCCUCGCGGAGGCGCAGGAGAUGCUGGGAACCGCGACCGAGGAGGCGGAUAAGGAGAUUGAGGCCCUGGACGACAAGGUCGGCGGCGUGCGCGACGAAAUGAACGGGCUGAAGGCGGAGCUGUAUGCGCGCUUUGGGAGGGGGAUUAACUUGGAGGCUUGA